UGAGAUAUAAGCCCCGCAGGGACAGCGCUGAGCAGAGGAGGCCACAGCCCGACCUGCAGCAGCCCAGCCCCUGGGACUCCACUCGCCUUCUACCUGCUCAUCUCCGCUCCAGGAGCUCUCGCCAUGGUGACGGUGCGCAGGCCGUGGCCCGCCGUGGCCACAGUGCUGCUGGCCCUGCUCGCCUGCCUGGGGGCGCUGGUCCACGCCUACCCCGCCAAACCCGAGGCUCCCGGCGAAGACGCCUCGCCCGAGGAGCUGAGCCGCUACUACGCGUCGCUGCGCCACUACCUCAACCUGGUCACUCGGCAGCGGUACGGGAAACGCGACAGCCCCGAAGCGGUGCUCUCGAAACUGCUCUUCCCCGACGGCGAGGACCGCCGGGCCAAGUCAUGGCCAGGAGGCGAGUACAUGUGGUGACGACCCCAAGGGCUCCUGGGAGAUAUGCUAACUACACCGACCUCAUUUGCAUGCUUGCUCCUGACCCUGGACCCUGGGUUCCUCUCCCUGCCUGCUGCGCCUGGGGUGUGGGUGCGGGAUGGGGAUGGGGAUGGGGUCUUCAUUCCACUUCUCCGUGUCCCCAGCCCCUGGGCUGGCGGGCUGUGUGUGGUCUUACCCUGGUCCCCAAAUAAAGAGCAAAUUUCACUGAAA